AUGACGUGCAAUGAGGCGAAUUUCGAGGACGUUUUCAAGUUGCCAAUGUACGCAUAUGUUCAACGCAAAGUUCCCAAUCGCAAAGAUCAAUACGCGUUAUCUGACAGCAGUGAAACUACUCCUGCUGCAACUCCGUGUAGCUUCAACAUUCAACCCUCAAAGUUCCUUUUAUCUGUUAUGUUGGCUCCCAAAGACCAGCGCUCAGGUGAAGAAUGCAUGUGCUGCCUAGAAUUUGAGAAUGAAGGCACUGGCAACCUCCAAUGCACCCCUCACAAACAAUUAUCUGUCUAUGACUACAAUAUUCAAGUUGCACUACUUGCAAACACCCUGAACAAGCAAUGCCACUUGGCCAAGGACAAGGAAAAGAGGGAGGCUGAAGAGCGCGCUCGAAGUGAGGCAGAGCAGAGGCAACAGGCCGAAGAGCGCGCUUGA